AUGGUGUCGUUCAUACUCAAGACUGCCUUUCUGGCAGCAUCUUUAAUACAACAGGCUGUAUCUCAGUCAACUGCUCCGACUCCCAUUGCCACACCGACCUCCCAUCCUCAACUGAUAGCACCCAAGUACAGAGGAUGUUUCGACAACCCAGGGCCCCUGGUGGAUUAUGGCCCAGCAAUAUACCAAUCAACAGGCAAUUGUGCCCCAAUCUGUGCUGGAUUAAAGAAGCCGAUCAUGGCCUUGGUCGACGGAUCGAAUUGCUGGUGUGGUGAUUUUCUACCUCCAAAGAGCUCGCAGACUUCCGACGAUGAGUGUCGUACACCAUGCCAGGGAUAUGACGUAGAGACAUGUGGUGGUAAUGCGCACUGGGCUGUCUUUCAGGAUGGCUUGAACGGUAACACCAUAGACUACUAUGAGCCAUCGACCUCAAGCUCUGCUCCGCCCACAGGAGCGACUGGCGGCACCACUGUCGUCCAGACUGUACCAGGAAGUGUUCAGACGGAAACAUCAGCCCCAACAAAAAGUCCAGAGAAUGGAUCCAACACUGCUGCUAUUGCUGCUGGCGUAGUUGUGGCUGUUCUUGCCGUCGCGGCUAUUAUCGGAGGAGUUUUCUUCUUCUUGAGGAGGAGAAGGUCGCAACAUGAAGCAGAGGCGUACCGACGGCACCAGUCCAUGCAGAGCUUUACACAGAAGCCCCCUCAAACAGCCUCCUCCGAUACUCGUCUCGAUCCCGAGAUCAUGAUGCGAAGGCAGAGCGAUGGCAGUAUUGCAGAUAACCAGGACUACUCCCGACGAAUUCUCCAGGUUCGCAACUUCUAA